CCGAAUCAAAUACAUAGCCUUGUUAUUCUCAUUCACUAUGGGAAGGCCACCUACAAGGCACACCCACCGUAGUUAUGUAUUCUAGGGUUGAUCGUUGUAUUCACACUUCAACUUCUCAUCACAUUUUCUCCUCUGUUUCCUCCUCUAUUUCAUCCUUGUCCUUCUCGUCUUGUUUGGUCUCCAUGCAUUCUCUACAGUGCUCAUUUCAAUGCUCAUGCUUGGAGACCUAUCAGGGCUACUCCAGCACCAACAACAACCGUCGCUGUGCCCCAAAUCUGCGCAACAGCGACACCAGCACCGCCCAUGCCGGCGCUCUGGAGACAUGCAAAAACGCUCCCGGCUGCUACAUUCCCGAUUGUACUCUGGGCAGCCGCGGCAAGGGAACCUGCGACAGGACCAGCGGAGCCGAAUCCCACGAUGCCAACCACUGCGGCUGGCGGUUAUGCCAACUGCCACGGCUGCGAUCGAGGUUCUGCCGGCGACGCCUGCAAUUUUCUUAAGUCCUGAAGGAGAUUUCAUGAUCUCUUAUCUUCCAGGCUUUCGUCACUAUGAGUUGAUGUCACUGAUGUGCUCAAGAGGACGAGGGGAAUAAUUGCGGGUAGGACCCAGGCGACCCAAUUAUGAUCUUUUCAAAGGAUGCCUCUGGCAUUAGGCAGCAACAAGCCUUGUUAAGGUAGAAGGCUCAUAAUUAACUGCGCAUUAUUGCUGGCGCAACACGGCGCAAAGUGGCAGCUGUGGGAGGCCCUCUAACCUAAGGGACAAUGGCAAGUAGGAGAGAUUUCCACACCUGGUUAAACAUAUGGGUGAAACACCAACUGCGCCCAUCCGUGUGUUGCUGUAUUUUUCACACAUGCAGGGUGUCUGUAAUGCG